AUGCUCGAUUUCGAAUACAGUGAAACAAACGAUAUAUAUCGACAACAUUUGUUAUUGGAUAAUAAUAGCAUAAAUCCAUUAUGGUAUAAUAACCUUAACGAAGGAAUAGUACGUAUUAAAUUAAAAAAGAACAGUGAUUUUGUAGAAGUUUAUUUAACUGAAAAACCAUCACGUACAUUAUUAACAUUAGAAAAUAAUAUUAAUAUCAAUAUUGAAGUCAAGAAAACGAAAUUAAAUGGUUAUCAUAUAAUAUUUUAUGAUAGUCAUACAAUUGAUGAUAUACCUAUUUUAAUAAUAAAUCGAAAUCAAUUUUCAAUUAAAUAUUGUCUAAAUUAUAAUGAAAAAGCUCUAGAAUGUCCAGCUCGAAGUUAUGUUUAUCGUACAUCAAAUUAUUUAAAUGAACAAGAUCGUAAUUUAAUUAUUACACAUGGUAAACAAUCGUAUAAAAUUGAUAAUUAUACAAUACCAAAUUUUACCACAGAUUAUAUCCAAUUGUACGAUCAAGGUCAUCGUAUUGUCUAUUUAUUUGCAAGUAAAAAAUAUUUAAAUAAUGUUUGGAAAUUAUUAUCAUUAACAAAUAAAUUUAAUAAUUGUAUUCAAUUAAAUAUUACUCAUAUUGGUAUAUCAAUUGUAAAUGAUUUAAAAUGUCAAGAAAUUGCCUAUAUAACUAUGCGUGAUACACAAGCCAUUUACGAUUGGUCAGAAAAAGAGGAUCGCUUUAAAGCAACAUCUAAUCAUCUUCAGGUAAAAUAUUAAAACUUUGUAUGUUAAUUAUAGUUUUGCAGUUGAAAAACUUAUAGAUUGACAAUCAUUGCGAUAAAACAAAAUCGACAGUCAUUUUCUUUCGUCAAUUGCAUAGUGUGCAAGGUAAGAAUAAAAAAAAAAGCUCUUUUAACAUUAAAUGAUAAACUGUUCCAUUGCAAUAUUUUAGAGAAUUCUCAUCCAUUUACUGAAAUAAAUGUUUCUCGAUUGUUGUCAAAAUCAAGUCCAAAUGUUACUGUAUUAUCGUAAGAAUAGCCUAAAUUUUGUAAUAAUUAUUAUCAAUGAAACGCCUCUCCUCUAAAAGUUCUUAUUUACUGAAAAUAAGAUUUUCAGGUGAAUACAUAUUUAAAUAGCCUACCCUAGUAAGAAACCUACUCAAACCAUACAAAGAUUGCAGGAAAAUCUUUUUGAGAUCAUGUGACCCAAAAAUUCUACUUGAUAAAAUUUUUCUAAGAUCUUAGAGAAGAAAUCUUACUAACGAGGGAACCCCACGAAGUGAUUAAACGCUUUUUGCUCGGAAUCUAGUGGGUUAUAGGUUAUCGACCAUGCUGAUUACGAAUACGACCAUGUGGCUUCCGCAUAGCCCUUCGAAGACCUGGUUUUCUAGAAAACGAGUUUUUCAGAAAC